AUGGGGACUAUGGAGCAUUUGCGAGGCAGGCAAUUGAUGAAGCUAUAUCAGUUCUCGAGGUCUACACUUCUCCCUUCAGCGCCGGUAGUGAUCAACACGUCAAAGAUACAACAGCCGUCUUUGUUACCGUCUUCGUUGAUCUCUGUGGUUCCCUGCGCCCAAAUAUCCCCAUUAUACUCAUCGAAACGCCAUAGUUCGCGGCCUGUAAACGAAAAGCCAUCUGAAGUGAGGAAGAAGGUCAACAUCACGACACUACGUAAAUUAUACAAGAAAAAUGAACCCAUAUCUGUCAUGACUGCCUAUGAUUAUCCGUCUGGACACGCCCUAGAUCAAGCGGGCAUUGAAAUGUGUCUGGUGGGAGACUCACUCGCAAUGGUGGCCCUAGGUUACUCUUCAACAAAUGAAAUCACAGUAGACGAAAUGAUUCAUCACUGUCGUGCUGUAGCGCGUGGUGUCAAGUCUGCCUUUUUAAUUGGAGAUAUGCCCUUUGGUUCAUACGAAAUAUCGACACAGCACGCCUUACAGAAUGCUAUUAGAUUUAUGAGAGAAGGUCGUAUGGAAGCUAUCAAGCUAGAAGGUGGUGUCGAAAUGGCUGAUACUGUCGCGAGCAUAACUCGAGUGGGUAUCCCUGUAUUAGGACAUAUUGGACUGACUCCACAACGAACUGCCAGUUUGGGUGGUUAUCGUGUACAAGGAAAGACUAUAGCACGCGCAAAGGAACUGCUAAAGGAUGCACUCUCGCUUCAAGACGCUGGUUGUUUUGCAAUUGUGCUGGAGGCAGUACCUGCACCCGUAGCCUCUGUCAUUACAGAGCAGCUAGACAUACCCACAAUUGGGAUUGGAGCUGGAUCAGGAACAUCUGGACAAGUGCUCGUGCAAUUGGACAUGCUCGGUGUUUAUGACAAAUUUAUGCCAAAGUUUUGCAAGCCUUACGCAUCACUGGCUCCGCUGAUUAAUGACGCCUUGUCGAGGUAUAAGACGGAAGUGAAGGCACGGACUUUCCCUCAGGCUGAACAUACAUAUGAAAUGAGUGAUGGAGAAGAUAUAGAGGCAUGGAAAAAGUCUCUCAUGAGGAAAUAG